AUGUGUGGCAUCUUCUGUCUGCUGAGUCUGUCGCCGGCUCGGUUUGAGUCGGACAAAACAGUUCAUGAACAUUUGAAAAGAAGAGGGCCCAACUCCAGCAAAGAUUUCACAGUCACAAGUUCAAACCUCUCAUGUCGGUGUUUAUUAUCCGCCCACGUUCUCCACAUGAGAGGUCUUCUCACCCCUCAGCCUGUUCAGGACGGAAACAGAAACGUCCUGGCGUGGAACGGGGAGGUUUUCGGAGGUCUGCCGCUGAUGCCGGAAGAGAACGACACCACUGUCGUCUCUGAGCGGCUGUCCUCUUGCAACAGCCCUUCAGAGAUUUUGUCUGUCCUGUCUGCUUUACGGGGACCGUGGGGGUUCAUUUACUACCAGAAGGACGGAGACUACCUCUGGUUUGGCAGAGACUACUUUGGCAGGCGGAGUUUGUUGUGGAAAUAUGAUGAAGAGGCCUUGACCUUGACUUCUGUGGCAGCUCACACCUCUGGAUCUGUUACGUCUGCUUGGCAAGAAGUCCCAGCAGUUGGCGUGUUCAGGAUUGACCUGAAGGCGGUUACAGAAGCCGGCUCUGUGACAUUUGAGGUUUAUCCUUGGGCCCACGCAGGAGAAGAUCUCCCCUCUAACUGCAGUGAAACUAUAUCUGUCCCCAGCGGCUGCACUGCUGUGAUGAACCAAUCAGGUCUUGUCCUCACCUCACCUGUGUGCCGUCUUAAUACGUCAAUCCCAGAAUCGUUAGACAAGACAGAAAUGUAUUCAAACUCACAUUUAUCUGUCAAAGACCUGGAGCAGCUGCUAGCGAGCAAAGAGAAAGACUAUGAAGUGAACGAUCUUAUUGAUGUUCUCAGCGAGGCCGUGAGGCGACGUGUUCAGUCUCUGCCUUUCAGGGCGCAAAACGACUCACCUCCCGCUAACGACCAGGCGACUGUCGCCAUACUUUUCUCAGGAGGCAUCGAUUCAAUGAUUCUAGCCGCCUUGGCUGACCGUCACAUACCUGCUCAUCAACCAAUAGACCUUCUCAAUGUAGCGUUUAAACUGCAGGAGCCAAAGACGCAGAAAGAGUCUACAAAGAAACCCAAAAAGCAUAAAAAUAAGCCCUCAGAUUCACAGACUGACAGAGCUGACUCACAAACAUUCAGACCCUUUGAUGUUCCAGACAGAAUUAGCGGUAAAGCUGGGCUUAAAGAAUUACAAGACUUGAACCCUGACAGAAGGUGGAAUUUUGUUGAAGUCAACGUAACUCACGAGGAGCUGCAGAAAAAGCGGCGUGAGCGUGUUUGUCAUUUGGUGCACCCGCUGGACACGGUGCUGGAUGACAGCAUCGGAUGUUCUGUGUGGUUUGCGGCGAGAGGGACGGGGUUCAUCACCGAGGACAACGACCAGAAGAUCUUCACAUCCACAGCAAAGGUCAUUUUGACAGGAAUCGGAGCAGACGAGCAGCUGGCAGGUUACUCCAGACACAGAGUCCGAUUUAAGACGUCCGGACAUGAAGGACUGAUCCAGGAACUGGCCAUGGAGCUGGGCAGGAUCUCCUCCAGGAACAUGGGCAGAGACGACAGAGUGAUAGGAGACCACGGGAAGGAAGCCAGGUUUCCCUACUUGGACGAGGACGUGGUGAGCUACUUGAACUCUCUGCCCGUGUGGGAGAAGGCAGACCUGUCCCUCCCUCGAGGAGUCGGGGAGAAACUCCUCCUCAGACUGGCGGCCAAGCAGCUGGGUCUCGGCCCGUCAGCCGUCCUGCCCAAGAGAGCCAUGCAGUUCGGCUCCCGCAUCGCAAAGAUGGAGGACGGCCACGAAAAGGCCUCUGACAAAUGCACCAGACUCCUCACUGGGUAGACGGAUCAUUGGUUUUAAUAAAAAGAAUAUAUAAAAAUCAUUUUAAUAGAAAAUAUUCAUUAUAAAAGUACAUUCAGUUCAGGUUUAGAUUACUUUCUGUGAUGGAUGAUUUUGAAACAUUGCAUAAUAAAAAUAAUGUUUUUCUA